AAUCAUUCCCUUCUCAAAAAUUCCACUUCUCUGACUGAGAAGUCACUGCCAAUCUCUUUCUCCAAGCAUUUUGAGUGUCUCUUUCUCUUUCUCUCUCUCCCUCUCCCUCUCAGAGGCAUUAAAACAAACACCUUCCUUUCUUUUUCAGUUCCCGAUUAUACAGAAACUGAAACCAGCCAUGGACUUCUUCAACAACUCGUCAAAAGCAAACACCUCCCCUUCUUCUUCAUCAAAGACCAAAAGAAAGCAACAAAACCAGCAAACCCAACAACCUCAGCAGCAGCAGCAGCAGCAGGAGACGAGGUUUCUGGGAGUGAGAAGAAGGCCGUGGGGCAGAUAUGCGGCGGAGAUAAGAGACCCUUCUACCAAAGAGAGGCAUUGGCUCGGAACAUUCGACACCGCCGAGGAGGCCGCCUUGGCCUACGACCGAGCUGCUCGCUCCAUGCGCGGCUCCAAGGCUCGAACCAACUUCGUCUACUCGGACAUGCCGCAUGGCUCGUCUGUGACCUCCAUUAUCUCACCCGACGAAUCACAGCGUGACAUGUCAGCCUUCUUCGCUACCCCACUCCAGCCCCAACCCCAAACGACCAAUCACCAGCAGUCGUUCUUUACUCAGGACCCAUUUGACGCAUACCCGUAUUCUGGCGGGUUCGGAAGUGGGUCUUACGGGCCAGUUUCGGGUGGUGAUGAACCCGGGUCUGGGUCUGGGUCUGGGUCUGGGUCUCAGUCUCACACUGAGCUACCACCUUUGCCUCCAUGUGUUUCUUCCACUUGUUAUGGGCCUGACGGAGUUAUGGGCUCUGAUAUGGAUAUGGGCUAUUUCGGAUUUUCGGAGCCCACAACAAAUAAUGGGCUUGACCCAAUGAUGAAUGGAUCCUACAUGGGCUUUGACUCGAACGAGUUUGUGCAGCACAGCCCACUGUUUGGGAGCAUGCCACCUGUUUCGGAUGCGGGUAUAGAUGGGUUUGAUUUGGGUUCAUCAUCUGCCUAUUUCUAUUGACUUGUUUUUAGAAAACCUAUCUAAUCUUCAAGUGUGCUAUUUUCAUUUUUUCUACUUUUUUUU